AUGAGUUGGUCACUCUUCGUAGGACACCGCCUUCGGCACGAGCUCGAGUGUGCUGUGGACGUUGUAGGGCGGGCAUCGCGCAUGGCACGAGAGAUCCAGCGACACUACUGCGACGCUGGUGCGAGCACGAACCAGGCGACCACGGUUGCGAAAGCGGACGCUUCACCGGUAACCAUAGCGGACUUGGCAGUUCAAGCGUUGAUUCUCGGGGAGUUGCACGCUGUCUUCCCGCAGGAUCGGUUUGUUGCGGAAGAGACUUCGGGGAGCAUUCGUGAUGCAGCGAUGGAGCAUGGUAUCCGGUCCUGGCUUGCCCAGCACGCGAGACACGGCGUCGAGGAGCGCGUUCGGGCAUCCAUCGACCUCGGUGCCGACGCUGGCGGUGCACAGGGACGCAUCUGGGUCCUCGAUCCGGUCGAUGGGACCAAGGGCUUCCUUCGUAACCAGCAGUUUUGUAUCGCGUUGGCUUUGCUGGUCGACGGGAGCGCGGAGCUCGGGGUCCUCGGUUGCCCCAACUUGAGCGCAGCCCAGGAGGCGGAGCGGGUGGUAUCCACGUACACCCAAGGUGCAGCGGAUGAAAAAUGUCUAACGAUCGUGAACGGACCGGAUGGCUGUGUCUUUUUCGCCGCUCGCGGUGCUGGCGCCUUUAUGAAGUCACUCGUGCAGGAUCCCGGACAAGCGCUGCCCCGCCAGAUCCACGUCAACGGUAACGCGGACCCGUCCUGGGCCAUUAUGGCAGAGUCCGUGGAACGGGGGCAUUCUUCGCACACCCUGACUGGGAAGAUAAUUCGAAUUCUUGGUAUUCGGCAACGUCUUGGAGUCGAUAGUCAAUGCAAGUACGGUUUGUUAUCACGCGGAGAAGCGUGCGUGUUCUUGCGCUUUCCUCGCGUCGACUAUGUUGAAAACAUAUGGGAUCAUGCUGCGGGUGCUGUCGUGCUUAAGGAGGCCGGCGGUCUCGUUACCGAUGCGUUCGGAAACGAACUGGAUUUCAGCCGAGGCCGAAAGCUGUUGAACGUUCGAGGUAUUGUUGCGACGAACGGCCAUAUGCAUCCAGCGGUGCUCGCAGCUGUACGGCAUGUGUUGGCGGAAGAAGAAGCAUGCGGCUGA